AUGUUCAAGAACAAAUUUUAUUGUAUUACCGGAGCGGCAUCGGGCAUCGGCCGCGCCACUGCACUUGAAUUAGCGUCGGAGCAGGCAUCGGGUCUUGCUCUUAGUGAUGUGGACAUGGAAGGGCUUGAAAACACGGCAAAGGAGUGCCAGCGUAUGGGAGUCAAAACCGUCCUGACGACCAAGCUCGACGUUCGGAACCAGAGGGAUGUUGAAUCGUGGGUUGAGGAAGCGUAUGGAUCAUUCGGAAGGCUCGAUGGCGCUGCCAACGUCGCCGGUGUAGCUGGGGGAACCGGCGAUACCACUAUUGAGACGAUUGUUCAAGAGGACUGGGAUCGAACUCUGGGAAUCAACCUUAAUGGCGUGAUGUCCUGUAUGCGAGCUCAACUUCCUCGUUUGACCAAACCAGGAGGUGCUAUUGUCAACGUCGCCAGCACAUCAAGUCGGCGCGGGCUACCACAUAGCGCCGCUUAUGCCGCCAGCAAGUUCGCUGUUAUAGGGUUGACGGAGUCCGCCGCCGGGGAAUAUGCCAAGCAGGGCGUUCGCAUCAACGCUCUGCUGCCCGGCCCUAUUGAUACCAAGAUAUUCCGAGAUGGCGAAGCCAAAGGUCUAUUCGAUUCGGAUGCGCUGUCUAAAGACACACUUCUAGGGAGGGUGGGGAAAGCCGAGGAGGUCGCCAAGGUGCUAUGCUUCCUGCUUAGUGACAAUGCAUCCUACCGCACUGGAAUGUUGACGGAGGUUACUUGGCAUGUUAACUGGCCGGCCAUCGCCAACCCCGAGAGGGAGCGAGCGGCAUGUGCCGAAACCAGCCGUAACCGGCGCACGGGUUUCGACAGGAUGUUUGGAUGCGGUAGUAUUGGGGAGCUGUAG